CUGCGUCGUUUCUGCCCGGUGACGCAGAGACGUCAUCAGUCGGUAGGCGGAAAAAGUGUGUUUCUGUAUGUGGAGAUAAAGCCAAACCGGGUGUUUUUAUUAAGGAGAUAGAUAGAAGCAGCAGCAGAGAAAAAGAGCAGCGUCUUUUUUUUCUGCUGUAAUGGCGGUUCCUGCGGGUCAGACGGAUUUACAGAUGGAUAGAGGAGCAUUGAGCGGCGACACUGUCCCCCCCCCUGAAAACAUUGACAUCGACGAGAAAGAGUUGGACAAUAUCACAAAGAAACACCGAGAAGACGACACCGCGACGCUGCCUUUGCAUUCACCUUGGACGUUUUGGCUGGACAGGUCGUUACCUGGCACGACGGCCGCACAAUGUGAAUCCAAUCUGAAGAAGAUCUACACAGUACAGAGCGUUCAGAUGUUCUGGAGUGUAUACAACAACAUCCCUCCAGUGUCCGCACUGCCUUUGAGAUGUAGCUAUCACUUAAUGCGCGGAGAACGGAGGCCACUCUGGGAAGAGGAAAGUAAUGCAAAUGGAGGAGUAUGGAAGAUGAAAGUACCAAAAGAAAGCACUUCUGCAGUUUGGAAAGAAUUGUUACUUGCUACUAUUGGGGAGCAGUUUGCAGAUUACUGUGCCUCAGACGACGAGGUCGUCGGUGUCAGCGUUAGCGUUCGAGAUCGGGAAGAUGUUGUACAAGUGUGGAAUAAAGAUGCGUCUCUCGCUAACGAAGCCAGUGUCUUGGGAAAAAUCUAUGAGCUCCUCCCCUGCAUAUCUUUUAAAGCUGUUUUUUAUAAGUCUCACAUGGAACAUCACGCCUUUGAGGGAGGACGUUCAAGACAUUAGAUUUUAACGCACUUUUUUUCUUUUGGUUUAUUUUUUUAACCUGAACCCUGUACCAGCUCUGUCCACAACCUAAUCGAGGAUAUUAUUUUGCAUUCAACGAAGAAAUGUUAUCAAUAUAUUUUUAUAACUUUUUAUGACUGAUGCCUUUGUUUCAUCUUUCAUGUGGGGCCCUACAGCUCUGAAAAAAGCCCUCAGACAAUGUAUAUCCAGCGUCAAAAUCUUAUUGAGUUCAUUAUUCCAUGUUGGUUUUGACUUCCUUCUAUACUGAACUGCACUGGCACGGUCCUGUUUCUCUGCACGGCCUACAGACCUCACAUUUUGAAGCUUGGUAUAGAGGUAGCACCUACAUAACAUAUGAUAUGUUAAGAUACUUCAAGUCAUAUCGAGUUUUAAUCGUGAAGGAGUGUUUUUAUUCAGGUGGAGUUCACUUCUACAGAUGGGGUGAACGUCUCAUUCGGUUUCUCAAGUCUUCAGUUGUACAGCAUGAAGAUCAGGGUAACACUUGGAAAUAUUGCACAUGACCACAUGUUCCAGUCACGGUGUCCCUCAGCUAUAAAACCAUCAUAGAAAAUCAGCACAAAUAUGGCCCUAAGAAAUGUUAGAUUUAGUUUCUUGGAGGGUUUAGUUAAAGAGUAAAAAUCCAUCCUGAAAGGUGCCUCUUUGAAUGUUCCCAGCCACACAAUAUGUGACAUUUCUUUCAAUACAAGUGUCAAAAGUAGACCUCUGCUCUCCUUUUUAAAGCAGUCACACAUUGUUUAGUGUGUGACUCUGAAGAGAGGCGGCACAUUUUUUUGUUACGUGCUCGGCCGGUGGUGCUCGUCCGUAGUUGUUUUUUCCUCACCGAUAAAUCUAGUUUGCUUACCGGACUGUGUCCUUUUAACCAUAACACAACUGAGUAAAAAAACAAAAGCAGCAUUAUUUGUUUUAAAGAAAGUAAUGAGAUUCCCAUGUUCAGUAUGAUCUCUAGAUGCAAUAUGUCAAAUUGUAUGUCUUCAGAAGUCACAUAGACGGAUGUGGCGGGUUUAAAUGAAUAUGAGUGGAUAUAGACUGUUGCUUCAAAGGAAUGUAUGCUUAUUUAAACAUAAUCUCAUCAAUUUGAUCAUGUCUGUACAGGUUAAUACCAUAUUUUAACAGUUAAAAUGUAAAAAAGAAACAUUUUUAUACUUUAGAUCUGUUUACAUAUCUGGGCCAUUUUACCUGAAACGUCAUCAAUUUGUUUACCGUCACUAGUACAGUUAUAACACACUAUUGUUUUUAUUGCAGUGUAGGCUACAGUAAACUGAAUGCUUCUGGUAUUAUGGUAUGUCACACCACUUUUCUAGUUCAACUUUGGACUGGUUAAUAAGUUAUAAGGGGACAAUAUUUCAUUUGUAAACAUGGUUUAAUGCAGUGACAUGGACUUAGUCAAUAAAAUGUAAAUGCA